UGUGGAAUGAUAUAUUACAGCACUUAGUCGUAAAAUUUUCACUGAUGAUCUUCGAAAAAAAAUUCGAGUUCCAUUAAACAAACCGUAUAAUCGAAUAAAGAAUCAUUUUUAGUAGAAUUAUUUUUGUACUGAGUAUUCAGGAAACCGAAGACAUCAAGGAAAUUAAAAAUUAUUUAGGUAUGCAGAGUCAGUCGAAGAAACAUUGUUUGAAUUUUACUUGGACAUCUUUAAUGGAUCAUAUCUAUUGUUUGACAAGUCGCAGUUGGAUGCACAUACUCUUUUUGAGUCGUUUUAUUUCAUGCAUACCCCAUGGGAUAAAACAUGAAGAUAUAUUCAUUGCGAAACACGUGAAAUCGGUCACAAUUUAACGUGUUUCGCAGCGUUUCCUAUGGUAACACAGGCGUAAAACCAAUUUUCCCAUUUACUCAAAACGUGUUUGGAAGCCACUAUUUCAGGAUGAAAACGAAAAGUAUAUCAUCACGCGGCGUUUUUAACCGAUUCAACAGCUGCGGAACGUUUUAGACCGGUCAGUAUUAACGCGUUUUGUAGCAUUUGAAAGUAAGAAAAUUUUUCGCAUGAGAUAAUUGUAUAACCCCCUCCCCCCAGAAUAGAAGACCACCCCUAAUAAAAAAAUUCACAAGGCGGAAUAGAAGGCCACGGCUUUCUAAAAACUCUCUCUUCUUUGAAGUAUUUUUGUCGAUCGAUGGUAGAUCAUAGUAGACGAUAGAUUAGACAAUCAGAGAGAAAGAACAAGAACGCAUCGAGAAUAACGAUCAAUCAUGUCCAUUAAGUGCAGAAGAAGUAACUUGUACAUAUUCAAAUCGAAAUCAACAACGAAACAAAGAUGUGUAUUAUGACUAUGAAGCCCAUGAUGAGCACUUGCAGUCGCUACCCCGUUUCAUCGACGAUGGAGAAGAAUCGGAUAGUUCAGCAAAUAAAGAUCAAUGUGAAAUUGUUACUGAUAUAGAAGAUAGUGAAAAUUCACUUGUUAAUUUAAAUAAAUAUUUAAAUAUGGAUUCUACUGAUGACGACGAAGCUAGUACCGACGAAGAGCGCGAACAGACUGUUCUAGAAAAGUCAAUUGGCGAAGAUGAAUUUCAACAAGACGAUGAUUCUGAUGAUCCAGUGCUGUCUAAUCUCAUUUCUUCAACAACAACACCUAUAACUUCAGUCAGUAGUGCCGUUCAAUUACAAAAACCAUUAGCAAAAGCUACCGAAAAUCUUGGUAAUAAACAGCUUACUGCUCAUCAACAUGGUUGUUCCCGGUAUCAAUCGUCACAAUGGCUUAAAGGGAAAAAUGAACUUGAAACACUGUCCAAGCUCAAGCAUGGUAAAAAACGCAAACGUUUCAGUGGUGGUGGUAAACAAACAUUUAUUGAUGCAAAAGCUGUUGCUACAACUGGUAUAACAACAACAGCAACAAUAAGACGUGAGAAGGUAACAUUUCGUCAAUUAGAACGGCAAGGUAAAUUAUUAAGUUGUGGAAUUAAAACAUCCUUGUCAAAAAACCAAAAAGUUUCAUUGUCCUAUGCAUAUCCACUUAUAAACAAUUUCUAUGAUUAUAUUCGUCGAGCAAGUCAAUGGGCACCAAGUCGUGGACCUAUGGGAGCAUCCCUUCCACGAGAUGUAUGCAACAUGGACGAAAGUCCAUUAAGUUUAUUUGGAGAUCAAUCGAGAUUAUCGAUAAAUGAUGUCAAUACAUCCAAUGAUAUUGAAGGUUGUAUUAGUAAUAAACGGUUCGCUACUGUUAUAUUAACAAUUUUUGGUUCCGAUAAUACACGAGCUGGCCCAGUAUUAAUUUUUAAAGGAAAAGGGCAGGCGUCGAGUAUUGAGAAAAUGCAAUAUGCUAAUGGUGUUAAAGUGUAUUUUACUCCGAAGGCUGUUAACAAUCGUAUUACAAUGGAUAAGGAUAUUGACUCUACCAAUGUCGCUAAAAUCACAAAUAAAAUACCUUAUGAGGCUAUUUUUAAACAAGAACUCACAUCAGAUUUGAAAAUACGGAAAGUUAUCAGUCAAUCGGGUGAUGAUUCAAAUUAUCUCCAAAAAACAAACGAGCAGCGAAAUGUUCCCAAUACAAAUAAUCAAACAUCUUAUUUGACACUAGAAAUUCAAUCACCAGCACUAACUUCUGUUCCAAAUAUGAUGAUCAUUGCUCCUAAUACACUUACUACAACUAAUGAAAGAACAAUUAUAAAUUGUUCUAGUAAUUUUAUAGGCUUCAAUGAUAAUACUCUUACUAAAGAUGAUUCUGUUAUGAACAAUGACAGUGCUAUUGAACGUUCAACUAAUGAUUCACUUAAUCAUAGACAUAGAAUAAUUCAAGAAGAAACAGGAGCUGAUUAUUUUACGUCAAUGCCUAAACGUCGAAAACUAUAUCGCAAUGCCAUGAGCCAACAACAGCAAUAUCAAUUGGACGAUUUGCUUGACCUAGUAAACGAUGAAAUGAAUCGAACCAAUAACAACAACCCGAUUUUUCCUUUGUAA